AUGGGAAUAAAAACUCUAGACAUCCGUGUGAAUGGGGGACAGUCCGUGUUCUACCCAGGUCAGAUCGUCCAAGGAAAUGUAUAUGUGGAGGUGGAAAGUGACACCAAAGUCAGAGAGAUACGAUUGCGCUUUCGAGGCUAUGCAGAUGUGCACUGGACUGAACAAAAAUCAUCUGGCAGUGGAAAAAAUCGAAGAACAUACACGAAGCAUUACCGAAACCAUGAAACCUACUUCGACACUAUUACAAAAGUCCUGAUGCCAGGCCCUGGAGAGGAUCAGCUUAUCAUGAAGCCUGGACCAUAUACAUAUCCCUUCAGCAUGCAGCUCCCUGCCCAGUGUGCUACAUCAUUUGAGGGCCAAUACGGACGCGUGCGGUAUUAUCUUCAAGCUGUCGUGGAUAGACCCUGGGCCUUUGAUAAUGAGCACUUUCAUCCUUUUACUGUUAUACAGCUUCUAGAUCUGAAUACACGUCCAGAGUCUACAAACACGGUAACAAAUCAGGGGUCAAAGACACUAUGUUGUUUGUGCUGCGAGUCAGGGCCAAUUACAGCAAACUUAUACCUGAAUCGGAUAGGAUUUGUCCCCGGCGAAAAGAUUAUUGUUCAAGGAGAAGUCACUAAUCACAGUCGCAGGGCGAUGAAAAAUCACCAGAUCAAUCUUCUCAUGAACGUGAAUUAUCAUGCAAGGUCAAAAUCACGAACCGUUCAAACUGAGGUAGCAGAGCUACGAAAGCUUGAGAUUCCAGCAGGCGAAUCAGACCACUGGAAUGGAGAAGGAUUAGUGGUGCCCCCACUACCUGCUUCUGGUCUUCCUGGAUGUAGAAUUAUAAGCAUUGAUUAUACAGUUGAGCUGCAGGUUGUACCUACCGGCAUCGCAUUUGAUUUGAGUGUUCCUGUUGGUGUUCUGAUCGGCAGCAUUCCCUUACGGUCAGUUGUCCAACAGUAUGGCGUGCCGAUGAAUAAACCUCCGCCUCCUGCACCACCCUCAGUCAACCCUUUGGCUCCUCCUCCGUCCUACGGUGAUAUCUAUAACAACGACCCAGCCUACCCGCCGCCCCCACAAGCUCUUAUGCCAGAUGACAUACCCCCACCCUCUUACGGCCGGAGUGCGCUUGGUGCUAUGUCAGGAGGAUAUAGUGAGGGAAAAGAAGGCGAUGACGGUGGAAAUGUUGCCUCUAAUGCUGUGGAACCUUCAAAUCAGCCAUCCAACCAAUCCUGGGCUCCAGUGUACCCUUACUAUGAUUGGAAUCGCCCCGAUACUAAUUUCGCCGUCCGAGAAAAAGAGCAAAAGGCAAAAUGA